AUCCUCAGCCCGCGAGUUGGUUCGUGGAGGAUGAACAGCCGCUUGCAGGAGAUUCGAGAGAGGCAGAAGUUGCGCCGGCAGCUCCUGGCUCAGCAGCUGGGAGCUGAAAGUGCUGAUAGCAUCGGUGCAGUAUUAAAUAGCAAAGAUGAGCAAAGGGAAAUUGCUGAAACAAGAGAAACAUGCAGGGCUGCUUAUGAUACCUCUGCACCAAAUGCUAAACGCAAAUUUCCAGAUGAGGGGGAAGCUGAUGAAGAAGAAAUAGAAGAAUAUAAGGAUGAAGUAGAACUGCACCAAGAGGAAGAGAACCUGCCCUACGAAGAAGAAAUUUACAAAGAUUCCAGCACAUUUCUUAAGGGGACUCAGAGUUUAAAUCCUCACAAUGAUUACUGUCAGCACUUUGUGGAUACUGGACACCGACCUCAGAACUUUAUCAGAGAUGUGGGCUUAGCUGACAGGUUUGAAGAAUACCCAAAACUCAGGGAGCUCAUCAGGCUGAAGGAUGAGCUGAUAUCUAAAUCUAACACUCCCCCUAUGUAUUUACAAGCUGACCUGGAGGCUUUUGAUGUUCGUGAGCUGAAAUCCAAGUUUGAUGUGAUUCUUCUGGAACCCCCACUAGAAGAGUACUACAGAGAGACUGGCAUCACAGCUAAUGAGAAGUGCUGGACUUGGGAUGAAAUUAUGAAGCUAGACAUUGAAGAACUUGCUUCCCUGCGAUCUUUUGUCUUCCUUUGGUGUGGUUCUGGGGAGGGUCUGGAUCUUGGCAGAAUGUGCUUGCGGAGAUGGGGUUAUAGAAGAUGUGAAGAUAUCUGUUGGAUUAAAACCAAUAAAAACAAUCCUGGAAAGACCAAGACGCUAGACCCUAAGGCUGUGUUUCAACGAACAAAGGAACAUUGCCUUAUGGGCAUUAAGGGAACAGUCCGCCGCAGUACAGAUGGAGAUUUUAUCCAUGCUAAUGUUGACAUUGAUUUAAUUAUCACGGAAGAGCCUGAAAUUGGCAACAUAGAGAAACCUGUGGAAAUAUUUCAUAUUAUUGAGCAUUUUUGCCUUGGAAGAAGACGCCUUCAUCUUUUUGGACGGGAUAGUACCAUCCGACCAGGAUGGCUAACUGUGGGACCCACACUCACAAAUAGUAACUUCAAUGUAGAAACGUACACGUCCUACUUUGCAGCUCCGAAUUCUCACCUAACUGGCUGUACAGAAGAGAUUGAGAGACUCCGGCCUAAAUCCCCACCCCCAAAAGACAGAGGAGGUGGAGCACCAAGGGGUGGAGGAAGAGGUGGAACUUCAGCUGGCCGAGGAGAAAGGGGCAGAGAGAGAAAUCGAACUAAUUUCCGGGGGGAAAGAGGUGGAUUCCGGGGAGGAAGGGGAGGUGCCCACCGUGGAGGCUUUCCUCCUCGCUGAACAUAUCCAAAUCCAUUCCUAAUUCUAUAGCUUCUGCAGUGGGUGGUGAGGGUGGUGGGCUUAAUUCUGCUCAGGUUAUACUUCUUAGUGACUUAGCCCAGAUGUUGGUUAGUAAGCAGGUUUUGUGCUUGAUAAAAACCAGCCCAGUAUGGCACAUUAUUUUCCUUGAGAAGCAACAUCUGGCACUUGAUGAUGAGAAAAGUAAAGGUUAAAGGUUUGUGACUGAUUCCAUUCAGCAAGCUUGAGAUCAGAGAUGAGUUUCUUCAUUGUUCUAUAGCUUCAUAUGCUCUUUUAUGUGUGUAUGUAUUUAUACACACACAAUUUCACUCUUUCAAUUAUUGCCAUUGUUCCUUAACAUUGACAGUUAUUCUCCACGCUUUGUCUAGGAACUAUUCCUUCCCAACCCAAUUAAAUAUAACUUGAGUUCUCAUUGCAAUAGUAGAUAAUAGGCAUUAAUAGUAAAAAAAAAUGACAUUCCAGUUAACAUAGAAUCUUUUUACCACUCGGUUUUAAUUUGAUACAUGUUGAGUAUGUUAAUUUUUUUGUCUUUUAAGAAGUUGGUGACCUUGAAGCUGAUGGUAAUGGCUCUCAGCCUUCAUCAGUAUUCUAUAUACACCUUGAACCUCGUUCCCCUUCAUAUGAAGGAAAUAAGCCUAUUUGUGGUAAUGAUUGGGAGGCAUGAAAGAAACUUGUUGCAGUCCACCCUGGGUUCCUAUGUUCGUUAAAUGGAAAAUUGAAAUCUAGACUUCUUGAUAUUCCAAAUACUCAGCAAUCCAGAUUUAAGCAAUUUGAGUCCUGUUGAUUUCACUGGGAGAGAUUGAAGUGUAUGCUUUCCAUUUCAUUGCGACUGAAGUGUGCCUGGAGUGCCCUAAGUAUGAUUGCCAAAGGAUUGUAUAGAAUUUAAUUUUAGAAUGCUUCUUGUAAAGAUAAAUGUGUUCAUAUUUUUAAUGCAGUCAGGUGCCAUGUCCUACCUAUGUUCUAAACAGGGCUGUUCACUUCCUCCCAUUAACUUGACUUCUUGUUUUUUUGGAACCCUGAUGUUAUAGAUUGUACACCAUGACAAAUGGACAAAUCCUGGUUAUGCUCUGAAAACAAUGUUUUAAGGACUGUACUCUUGUACUUUCUCCCCGAAAAUCAACUUUAAAUGUCUUUUAACUGGAAGAUAUGGAUCUUAUUUUACUAUUGUUGAUAAAUAUUAUUUUAUUG